AUGCAUGUAGUAUCACAGGUAACUGACGGAGCUGCCGUUCCAAGAGAUGUACCUGCUAGACCCGUUCCAGCAGGGCCUUCUCCAUCUGUUCCAAUAGAAGGAUCUUCUCCAUCCGUUCCAGUUGAGGGGCCUUCUCCAUCUACUACUUCAUCACGGAGGCCUCGGGAUGAUGCUGAGGUGACGAUCAAUGCAAGAUCUUCGGUGCCACCUCCUGAGUUGCACGAGGAUGAUGAGGUGUCGGAGCCUGAUAGGGAACCCCAGAAGUUCUACAACCACAGUCGAAAGAUUGCCGCUCUCACGCAGCCUGGCGAGGCAUGGUUUCAGGAUGUCUUCACAACUUCUGGAUUGAGGGACCUCUGUCAGGUUGGUUUCCAGACGAUACAUAAUGGGAUGCUGAAGACAUUUGCAGAGAGGUGGCAUCUAGAGACAUCGUCAUUUCAUCUCCCUCACGGUGAGAUUACCAUCACUCUUGACGACAUUGCAGGCCUCCUGCAUAUAUCUAUUAGGGGAAUCCUCCUUAGUCACGGUAGGCUGACGAAGGAGGGAGCGAGGGAGAUACUGACUGGGGACCUGGGGGUUGUUCCUGAGGACGCGCUUGAAGAGGUUGAGAGGACCCGCGAGGCACACGUCAUAUUUCACUUCUUAAGGCGACAAUACGAUGUCGAGCUCCUUGCGACACAUGAUGUUGUUGGUGACGAUGAUGAGGAGGAUAUAUACAAGCAGCGGGCGCUGAGAUGUUACUUUUUAUAUUUGUUAGACACCCAGCUGUUUGUGGACACGAGCUCGUCGUACACAGACGUCGUUUAUCUGACGUACUUAUCGGAUACCGCAUGUGUCUAG